UUAAAAUUGUUACAAAAUGUGAGUGGGUAGAAAAAUAUAGAAGAAAUGAGUAUAUUUUGUACAUAAAAUUCAAGUAAUAGUGCAAAAAUAUACCCUUUUGUGGAAAGAAAAAAAUCGUAAAAGUGAAAAAUAUAUUUUAAUUCAAAUGAGAAGUCAUUAGUACAUAAUUACCGUAAGUACAGUAUGGCUUCAAAAUACUUCGAAAAAUUAUGUGCGGCGGUAGCGCGAAAUACACCCUUCCGAGAGGUACUUACAAAAUCAAAGCUGUCACAUGCGAAAAGUGCGCGCCCUAGUCUUCUCACUCGUUCAGCCAUCAGUACCGUUUUUGCACGUCAACCAGGAACGCGUUCCGAAUUUUUAAAAUCAGAGUUGCAAUGUCCCAAAUAUAAAUUUCCUUCCUCACCAUCUUCGGCGGCAUCAUGCUUUGGAGGAACUCAUAAUGCAACAAUAAAAUCAUUUGGAACUUCGAGUAAACCACCUGACAAGGCUCCUAUUUCAUCAUAUGUAUGUAGCAGUUUCCAAAAGCAGCUUAUGAGUAACUCAAGUUUUAAUACAACCAAAAGAGCGGUAGCAACGUGCAGGAGCACUUGUAAUAAAUGUGUUGAUAAUGAUGAGGCCGACAGAUGCAAGCAAUUUCCAGAACCGUUCAAACACUUUGAUCUCUCAAAAUGGUCUUUUCCUGCUGAUUGUUGUAAAAGAAAAUGCCCAGAUUUGCCACGAUAUGAUGAAUUAUAUUGGCAACCUUCGAACAAAAAUAAAAAAUAUCAACAAACUUGGUCAGAUUGCAAAAUGGUAAGUAAGCCGAGAAUUGUUUGCUGUCUAAACAAAUGCAAACCACCAAUAGUAAAACGUACUCGUUGUCCAGUAGAAUGCGCCUGUUCAUAUGAUCAAGCAAAAUUUAAUAUGAUUUGUAAAUUGGGCCCAGGACGCUGCCCACGGUUAACGAUGCCUUGUUGUAAGGGAGCACGUUAUCCACCAUGUUGCAAAAAUUUUCCGAAACCAAAGAAUUGCUGCAAACAAAAAUGUCCUUAUCCGAGCUUCUCUGAGUGCAGACACAAAAAGUUGAAGAAACCACCCAUAGUUGAAUGUAAGUGUCUUAGGAAGAUACCCAAUUGUGAACUCGAGAGAGCGCGCCAACGGCUGGCCCGAAUGGGUCGCUAUUUUUAAUUCAUUCACAAUACGAAAUCAAUGCAAUAUUUGAAUCAAAUAGUAUAGUUAGUCUUUGGCUACAUACUGAUGUUGUCCUCAACAACAGCAUUUAGCGAGAGCACUGACAAUAUUAUUUAUUCAACUAUUGCAUGUACAUAAUACCUGACAUGUCGGCAUUUGUGGCACUUAAAAUUUUUUUGAAGUCCUAUUGGAUUUUUAAACACUACUAUCGUAACGAGCAAAUCUUGACGUUAUAAGCUGCCCUAACAGUAUUAUUAAUAGUUCGAUUUUUACCGGAUGAGACGAAACAAACUAGACAGCUCAAUAUUAAGAUUGCCUGAUUAUAUUCUUUGACAACAAUAGCGUAAAAGUUUUUGACAUUCGUUUUUAUUGGAUAGAAUAAAAUACAACCAAGAUGCGUGAACAAUUGCAAUAUUAGAUUCCCUAUCAUGGCUAAACGAAGAGUUGAUAUGCAAUCCUAUUCUAUGUCAAUAAAUAGAUUUGCUUCAACGGGUGUCAAAAAUUUGAAGCUACUUCGCAACGGCAAUUUUUCAUCAUCAACUUCAAUCGCAAAAGACAUCACAGUUACUUCUUAGUUUUCCAAAGAGGAGGUAGAGAGAGGGUCAUUCUUCAUGGAAAUUUGACGUGCUCUUAUUUGCCUUCUCACAUGAAGAUGUUUUUGAUGCCGAUGAUUUAAUGCAAAACAAUACUUUUAAGAGCGUGAGUACACAAAAUGAAACUUUGACCUAUCUUCAUCGAUCACGCAAACGUAUGUAACCUUCAUUUAUUGGAAAUGACUUAUGCAUGACAAUAAUACUAACAAACAUAGCAAUUGAGAGAAGAUGUGAUCUUUCCAAAUCUAUAUCCGGUAAAGCUCUUCAUGGUCUAAUAACUAGAGUCACAUUUUUGAAAAAUCAAAGAUAAAUUUGAACAAAUUUCAAUUACUUGAAAUGCAAUCAUAAAAGCAAGUAAGUUAUUGAAUGCUCUUCAAUACUGGAAAAGAUGGGAUAGUUUGCUUUAGAAUCACAUCAAAAAGAAAACUUCAGAUAAAAUGUUCUAAAUAGCUAUAAAACUAGCUAUAAAAACCUCAAAAUUGAUUGCGACAUUACUGAUAUUGAUAACAAUUUCUUACGGGAAGACUUUAUGGAACAGAUAAGAUACCUUGAUUGUUUCAUCAAAACAAAGGCUACAUAUAAAAAUGAAUGCAAGGUAGAGAUUUGGAUAUGAAAAUUUUCAGUUUUUAUCAGUAAGGAUUUUUUUGACGAGAUGGGUUAUAUAAUGGAGUUUGCAAAAUACCGCGCACUGUACCUUUUUUUUGCAACUAUUUACAUCAAAAUGUAUUUUGGACAUCAAGAAUCCAUAGAGGAGGUAGCUGACAAAACAUUAUUAGUCGUAUGUCCAGCCAGAAGUACUGCAUUGAAAUGCAUGGUGCUCAGCCAGAUAAAAUCCUAACAGGUCAUUAGGAUGAAUGACUUCUCAUUAUAAUUUAAGCAUCUUAUAUCUUUUAGAGAUCAAAAAUUUUUAGUUUACAUU